CUUUUUCUCUUUCAACACACCAAAAGAAGAAACGCUAUUGUUCUUGGGCUCGAAACAAAAUCAGAAUAAUGGGUUCAAUUGAAGAGGGGAGCGCGGCAAUGCCGCUUGGAAAGACCAUUCGGCAAUUACCAGUUACUUUGCUUUCUGGCUUUCUGGGAAGUGGAAAAACCACUCUAAUGGAGCAUAUUCUAAAGUCCCCUGACCACGGCCUUCGCAUUGCUGUCAUUGUCAAUGAUAUGAGCAGUAUCAAUAUUGACGCUUCCCUGAUCUCCAACCACGUUAUUUCUGCAAGCAAAGAAAAAUUGAUCCAGCUUCAGAAUGGCUGCAUCUGCUGUACUCUUCGUGGCGAUCUCCUCGAAAGCCUCGUCGAUCUCUCACGCAACGGAGAUAUUGAAUACGUCAUGAUUGAGUCUACUGGAAUUUCCGAGCCGCAGCAAGUUGCCGAGACUUUCACGACAGAAUUUACUGCUGCAAUGAUUGAGCAGGGCGGGCUAGCACCGGAUGAUGAGAACAAUGCCAUUAUAAAAGAGAUCGCAGAGAUAGGUGGUCUCCAUAAGCUCGCCCGCCUUGACACAUGUGUAACUGUGAUCGACGCCUUCAACCUCUUCAGCAACUUUCACACUCCAGAAUUUCUCUCAGACCGUAAGUCUGAAGGUUUAGUUCCUGAAGAGGAUGACCGGACCAUUAGCGACCUUCUCGUCGAUCAAAUUGAAUUUGCUAAUGUUAUCAUUGUCAACAAGAUUGAUGCGGUAGAUCUUGAAACCAAAGGCAAGGUUUUAAGAACUUGCAAAGCACUGAAUCCGUCCGCAUUGGUUUUAGAGACCAAUUACUCUAAGGUUGAUGUGAGGGAAAUUAUUAACACGGGAAGAUUCGACUUUGAAAAGGCGGCGUUAGGGUCUGGAUGGCUGAGCAGUUUGCAUGAAUUGACUUUACGGGAAGUCAAUGGUAUUAUGAAGGUGACUCCGAAACCAGAGACAGAGGAAUAUGGUGUGAACAAUUUUGUCUAUUGCGCCCGGCGACCAUUCCAUCCCAAGAAACUCUUCAAACUCCUCCAUGACAAGUUUAUUCUCCUCCAAAAUGUGGAAACACAUGAUGAUGUUGACGAGGACACCGAAAAUGAAGAAGAUAAGAUGGAAACAAGUGAUGACGAGAGUGACUCCGAGGGCCACAACGAUGCGCGCAAGGGCUCUACUACCAUGCCCUGCGAAAACUCUACAGAUGACGAAGACCUCGACAUGGAAGUGGACGAUUUCAGCAGUGAGAUCCCAACUGAAGUUAUUCUCCGUAAUAAAGCAUGCCAUCCCGCCUUCGCUCCUCUCCUGCGAUCUAAGGGGUUUUUCUGGCUCGCAACACGUCCCUCUCAACAUGGUGAAUGGUCUCAAGCAGGCGGAAUGCUAACAAUCCAAGGCGGAAGUCCAUGGUUCUGUACAAUACCGCGGGAAUUCUGGCCUGCUGAUCCUCAAGUUGUAAGCAUGAUCAAGGCAGAUUUCAAAGGCGAGUGGGAAGACCGCCGUCAGGAAAUUGUAUGCAUUGGGGAGGGGAUUGACGUCCAGUUAAUAACGACGACCUUAAACAACAGCUUGCUCACAGAUAGUGAGAUGGAGAAGUGGAGCAAGAUUAUGCGUAAUAGUGGGUUAACUGAUGAAGAGAGGCAAGAUGCGUUAAAUACGGCGUUUGAAGAUGGAUUUGAGGAUUGGGCUACUACGCCAAUGCAGUUUGAGGAGCAAGGACAUGAGGGUCACAAUCAUGCUCAUAGCAACGGUCACAGCCUGUAAGAUGUUUACUCUAGGUCAAGGGAAAACAGUGGUGUUACGGCUCUCGGGAGGACUAUUGACCGAGCAGGGUUCUAGUUGUAGAACAUUAAAAGCGUGGGAAUUUAUGUUAUGUUACCUUUUAAUCGUCGUAACCAACCUUGUCGCUUCGCUCUAGGUUGGAGGAAGCGAUGUGCGCGGUUUCGCAAUUUGUAA